CCCACAGGAGAUUGCCCAAGUAGUGAGUAAUACAGGUACUUUUCAGGCUGAAUUGAUGCAGAAAGGAUUCGUGCUUAUUAACCCUGACCUGUUCUUCCAGUUUGAAUUUCAAUCCAGGGUGUAAUUCCAGUGAUUAUACAACAAUGCUCCAGUUUUUUGUUCAUUUCUUUUUGUUUCUGGUUGCUGUCACAUCCAGCCUAGCCACAGCAAUCAAAAAAAGACCGCCUCAAACACUGUCAAGAGGUUGGGGAGAUGAUAUAACAUGGGUACAAACCUAUGAAGAGGGUCUCUAUAAAGCAAGAAAAAGCAACAAGCCAUUAAUGGUUAUCCAUCACUUGGAAGACUGCAAGUACUGUCAUGCACUGAAGAAAAUUUUUGCUGAAAAUGAAGAAAUCCAGGCUAUGGCUGACAAAGAUUUCAUUAUGUUAAAUCUAAUGCACGAAACCGCUGAUAAGAACCUUGCACCUGAUGGCAAAUAUGUACCCCGCAUCAUAUUUGUAGAUCCUUCCUUGACUGUGAGAGCAGAUAUCACAGGGAAGUACUCAAACCGCCUCUAUACGUAUGAACCACAAGAUAUUCAGAUCUUGAUUCACAACAUGCACAAAGCAAAACGUUUGUUACCAGCUGAGCUAUAAGGAAGUGCAGCAACGCUACUUCGUUUUUACAUUUGAGAGCGGCACUGAACUGUUAUUUCUUUAACUUUUACAGUUUCUAUUUAAUUACUUAAUCAGAGUUUCCUUUACUGUGCAAAGUCAGGAUGCAAGAAAUGUCUGAACUUUAUGUGGUUCUUAAGCUUUUUUUUUGAUUUAAUCAAUAUUCAAUGGCAUGGUGAAUUAAUAAAUAUUUUUAAAUUAUCA